AUGUCCCGCUCCCUCCGCCUCACGGGCAACCUCCCCGCCCGCCUAGCAGGACUCACCACCCGCCAACCCACCCCCCUCACGCGCGCCUUCUCCACCACCCCGCCGCGCCCCCAAUCCCUCCCCGUCCGCGUCACCGGCACCGGCACGGGCACCGUCCAACACCUCGCCGUCCCCGGCAAGGCCUACACCUUCACGGCGGACACCUACCCCCUCCUCGGCGGCGGCGACACGGCCCCCUCGCCCGUUGUCUACUCGCUCGCCAGCCUGAGCUCGUGCAACCAGGUGACGGGCCACGUGGUGGCGCGGGACCAUGGGAUUGCGUUGGGGGAGUGGCAUGUGGAGGUCGAGGCGGAUUUGCCGACCGCGGUGUUGGUGCAAGGGGCAGAGGAGGGGAAUCCGAAUUGGGAGGUUGUGAGGCUGAAGGUGCGGGUGCAGACGGAUGUGGAGGAGGGGGGGGAGAGGUGGGAGAGGUUUGUGAGUGAGGUGGAGAGAAGGUGUCCGAUUACGCGGUUGUUUCGGUUGAGUGGGGUGAGGUGGGAGAGUGAGUGGGUGAAUGAGAAGUUGUGA